UUUCAUUUACUGACCUCGCCUUUUAAAAAAACUUGUAUUGCUAUACCUCUUUACCUUUUAAAAUAACAACAACAUGAAAUCUGCUCCUCUUGUAUUGUCUGCCUUGGCACUUCUUGCCGGAUCCGCACACACAUCUCCUGUGCCUGGUGCUGCUGGCGUCUCGAGACGCGAUCUGAAACAAGUCCGUGCUGAGCCUAUCCAAGUUAUGAACCAUGCAGUAGCAUACGGUGACAUCCAUGAAUUCGUCAAGCGCCAUGGCCAUCAUCAUUCGUCGUCGUCCUCGUUUUCCUCUUCAUCUGACGACAAUGGUGACAGUGCCAGCACCAGCAGCAGUGGUGAGGAUUCUUCUUCUUCUGGUGGCAACGUUGAAGGCACGGAAAGUGGUGAUCAUCCGUCUUCAACGGCCAACAAUGACGGUGCUUCUGGUUCCUCCUCAAGCAACGGUGGCGAACAUGACGGUUCCUCCCCCUCUUCGGAUGCUGAAACUUCCAGUAAUGCUGAUGUUAACUCUUCAAGCAACCCUGCAGACGCUUCUGGCGAUGUCUCUUCUGAUGGUGUCCAUGAUGCCUCUUCUAGUGGUGGUGAAUCUUCUGCUGACAGCAAUGGCAAUGAUGACUCUUCUAAUCCUUCCGCAGAAACUGAAAGCAGCAGCAGCAGCGAUGAUAGUGGUGACCACAGCUCUGAAGCUUCCACGGCUGCACCUGGUGACCAUGGCUCUUCCUCAGCCAGUGACUCUGGCGAUAGCUCUUCUGCUGACGCUGACGCUGCAGAUGCUGCUUCUGCUGAAGAUGGCAGUAGUGGCGCCACUAGUGGUGCCGAUGACAGCUCAUCCUCACCAUCUGACCAAGAAACCAGCAGCAGCAGCGGCAACAACGGUGAUACUCAAGAUGAGAAUUCCAAGGAUGGUGUUGUAGCUGCUACCGUUCCUUCCACUGAAGAAAACAGUUAUUCUUCUGAGGACCCAACUGGCCAGGACGAUCCCAUUUCUGCUGAUGCCACUUCUGCCGACGACGCAUCCACGGCUGACGCUACUUCUGCCGACGACGCAUCCACGGCUGACGCCACUUCUGCAGACGAUUCGACUACCGCGGACGCUUCGUCAGCAGAUGGCCAGUCUACAGCAACCGAUGAUGCUACUUCUGCUGCUGGUGGCGAGGACCAGUCGACAGAUGGAGCAGCUGUUGGCGGUAUGGCUUCUGAUGGCACCACCUCUGCAGAUGACGCCUCCGCAUCUGACGCUACCAGCAGCAGCGACCCUGCAGCAUCCGGAGACGCAACGGCCAGUGAUGCAGCAGCAGCUAGCGACGACUCCUUGGCCAGUGAUGCCGCCUCUGUGACAGACUCAUUCGCUUCACCAUCAGGUGCUCUGUCAUCCUCAUACCCUAUGGCAAGCAGUAGCAGCAACGGCUUUCCCCUUGCAUCUUCAUCUGUAGACGGUCUUUCUCCUUCUUCUUCGUUCCCCAGCGGCAUGCAGCCCUCAACUGAAGCGAUUCCUGCUUCUGCAGUGGCACUUGAUCCUGCUCAUCUUUUGGUUGCCCCAGUCUUUGUUUUGAUCGCCUUGGUCUUCUAAAAACCCCCACGCCGCCCUAUUUAUUUUUGCUCUUUUAUCCAUUUCUUUAGUGUAUAUGUUCCCAUCUUAGUUUGUUUUAUGUCUUGUAGAAGUCUAUUAACUUUGUUCUUUUUCUGUGGAUAAA